GUCGGGCGUCCCCGCACGGAGUGCCGCCCGCCGCGACCCGGGAACUGCCUGCUCCCCGGACGCCAGGCCCACCGCGCGCCGCUGGGACACCGAACAUACGCCGCUCGCCUUACGGAAGCUGGGAAGGAAGGGGGCGGGGCCGAGGCUGGCGGGCGCGGGGAAAAUGGCGGCGGCUGCAGCUACGAACGGGACCGGAGGGAGCAGCGGGAUGGAGGUGGAUGCAGCAGUAGUCCCCAGCGUGAUGGCCUCCGGAGUGACUGGGAGUGUUUCCGUCGCUCUCCAUCCCCUUGUCAUUCUCAACAUCUCAGACCACUGGAUCCGCAUGCGCUCCCAGGAGGGGCGGCCUGUGCAGGUGAUUGGGGCUCUGAUUGGCAAGCAGGAGGGCCGAAAUAUCGAGGUGAUGAACUCCUUUGAGCUGCUGUCCCACACCGUGGAAGAGAAGAUUAUCAUUGACAAGGAAUAUUAUUACACCAAGGAGGAGCAGUUUAAACAGGUGUUCAAGGAGCUGGAGUUUCUGGGUUGGUAUACCACAGGGGGGCCACCUGACCCCUCGGACAUCCACGUCCAUAAGCAGGUGUGUGAGAUCAUCGAGAGCCCCCUCUUUCUGAAGUUGAACCCUAUGACCAAGCAUACAGAUCUUCCUGUCAGCGUUUUUGAGUCUGUCAUUGAUAUAAUCAAUGGAGAGGCCACAAUGCUGUUUGCUGAGCUGACCUACACUCUGGCCACAGAGGAAGCGGAACGCAUUGGUGUAGACCACGUAGCCCGAAUGACAGCAACAGGCAGUGGAGAGAACUCCACUGUGGCUGAACACCUGAUAGCACAGCACAGCGCCAUCAAGAUGCUGCACAGCCGCGUCAAGCUCAUCUUGGAGUAUGUCAAGGCCUCUGAAGCGGGAGAGGUCCCCUUUAAUCACGAGAUCCUGCGGGAGGCCUAUGCUCUGUGUCACUGUCUCCCGGUGCUCAGCACAGACAAGUUCAAGACAGAUUUUUAUGAUCAAUGCAACGACGUGGGGCUCAUGGCCUAUCUCGGCACCAUCACCAAAACGUGCAACACCAUGAACCAGUUUGUGAACAAGUUCAACGUCCUCUACGAUCGACAAGGCAUCGGCAGGCGAAUGCGCGGGCUCUUCUUCUGAUGAGGGUACUUGAAGGGCUGAUGGACAGGGGUCAGGCAACUGUCCCAAAGGGGAGGGCGCUACACUUCCUUGAGAGAAACCGCUGUCAUUAAUAAAAGGGGAGCAGCCCCCGAGCACC